GUGCAGCAUGUUAACAAAGAACGCUUCUUUCUAGCCUUUAAAGACACAUUUUUAGACAUUUUUAUGUAUAAUAACUGCAAAAAGGCCUUUAAGGCAUCUAGACUAGUUCCUAUUAACGCGCAAGUAGUCCUUAAUUAUCUUAACGUGCAGCUGCGUACCCCACUACUAGAACCCCUACUA